CGUACACACAAUUACGUACACAGAAUCACACAUUUAUACCUAUAUCACCUAAAAAACAACAAAAAUGGGAAAAGUUGCCAUUGUAACGUACAGCAUGUACGGUCACAUCAACGCCAUGGCCGAAGAAGAGAAAAAAGGCCUCGAAGAAGCCGGCUGUGAAGUCACCAUUUUCCGAGUGCCCGAGACCCUACCCGAGGAAGUGUUAGCGAAGAUGCACGCCCCCCCAAAGCCUGAUUACCCAGUCGUCACGGCUGAGCAACUCGUCGACUUCGAUGGUAUCAUGUUCGGCAUCCCUACCCGAUUUGGCAUGGCUUGUGCGCAGAUGAAGUCCUUCCUGGACUCGACGGGUGGCCUCUGGAUCAAGCAAGCGUUGUCUGGAAAACCAGCUGCUAUCUUCGUCAGUACGUCUACUCAGGGCGGCGGUCAGGAAUCAACAGCACUCACGUGGGUGACGCAAUUAACACACCACGGUAUGAUCUUCUGUCCUCUGGGAUAUGGAUCGCCCGGGACACAGUACAACAUGGAUGCAGUACAAGGCGGGUCCCCAUGGGGUGCUGGUACUUUCGCUGGCCCUGACGGGUCACGAAUGCCCAGUGAUAACGAAAAGAAAACUGCAGCCACUCAGGGCAAGCUCUUCGGUGGCGUGGUGCAGAAAUUGUCGUCAUAAGGAAAAUGUACUUCACUUUGAGAUCGGUAACUUCUCAUAAGUAGUUAUACAGACAAGUACCGGUCGGCGGGAAACAAUGCCGUGAGCGUCCGAGAAAAUGUCUUGUAAAACUUUAGUAUAGUAUAGUCAGUUAACACUGGCUCUGCACUGGCACACCUACAUACAUGUAUGAGAAUCACAACGAAACCGUGUGCGUUCUGCAGUCAAGCGUACAAACAAUUUGUAGUCACGUCGGCGGACAUAAUCAGAAGUCAUGGAUAUUUCCUGAUGUAAUAAACAACAGAGCACCCCA